GAGGCAGGGUGCGCCCGCAGAGGCCGGCGGCCAUGGGCCGGCUCAAAACCCCGCUGCUGCUGCAGAGGGGCCAACCCAAGUGCGACCGGCUCGGCAGGAUCAAGAAGCUCGAUUUGUCAAACCUCCAGCUUCGGACAAAAGACCUGGACCUCAAACUCCUCAACCGCAUGAAGCAGCUGAGGGAGCUGGAUCUGUCUGACAACCUGCUGGAGAAGGUGCCCGAGGGCCUGGACCUCCCCAGCCUGCAGAUCCUCAAGUGCUCCAACAACCAGCUGGAGGAUGUGACCCCCCUGCAGCAGUUUACUGCCCUGGAGGAGGUGGAUUUUGAGGACAACCUGUACCUGACGGUCAAUGACAGUUACAAGAUCUCCUCCCUCCUCCCCAACAUCCGAAAAAUCAAUGGGAAGGAAACAGCCUCACUUAUGAAUCAUGUGAAAAUCCUGAACCGGGAACUGACCAGCCGAGUCACUGCUUACUGGGAGAAGAACUACCAAGAUCAGCUGGGCUCCGGGGCCCCAGCCGGGGACGUCCACAAGGAGUUUGUGAAGUCUGCAGUCAAAGACGUUCGCUACGGGCCCGAGUCCCUGAGUGAUUUCACGCAGUGGAAGGUGAAAAUGAUCGCCCAGCAGCUGGUGGCCUCGAAGCUGACCAGGAAGGAAGCACCCUCAGAGGAGGUGUCCAGGGAAGAUGAUUCGAGCCCAGAGACCCCGGCGGGGACCCCAAGGACCCCGGCAACCCCAGCGGGAGCGUCCAGCCAAGAGUAUGUGCUCAAGCUCUCGGCCUUUAAAUGGAAGAAGAGGCUUCCAUCAGACCCCCCUCCCUGCAAGCGGGCCCGCCCCUCCCCACCCCCCCAGGACUCCCAGCCCGUGCCCAGGGAGCCCAGCCUCAGCUCCCGCUCAAGCAGCCCUGGCUGUGGACAGUCUGUCCUGGCUGAGGGCCCCCAAGGCGAGAUGGACACAGAGGGCCAGGAGCCUAUGGAGCUGCAGCCCAUGCACUUCCUCCAAUGCCACAGUAAAGGGAACAGCCCGGAGGACUUCAGCACCCAGCUGUGGGCCUGCGCCUUUGAGCCCGCCUGCAAUGACGGCACAGGACUGCCCGGAGGUGCAUCCCACACAGUGGCCACUUGUGGCGGGGAGGCCGUGUGCGUCAUCGACUGCCAGACGGGCCUCGUGCUCCACAGGUACAAGGUGCCUGGAGAGGAGUUCUUCACCGUGGCCUGGACCUGCUUGACCCUGGUGACUCAGGAUGGACGAAAGAAGCGCAGCAGUGUGCUGGCAGCUGCAGGCCGGCGUGGCGUCGUGAGCCUCAUCCACGUGCGUGCAGGUUUCUGCUAUGGAGACAUCCGAGCCCACCGAAAACCCAUUGCCAUGGCCUGCUUCAGCCCCUCCCAAGAGACCCACCUCUUCACCGCCUCGUACAACAAGCGUAUCAUCCUCUGGGACAUCGGCCUCCCUGAUUACAGCUACAAUUUCAGGCCCAGCCAACUCCUCGUGCUGGACGCCAGCACCACCCCCCUGCGUCUCUGCCCAGUGCCCUCUUGCCCUGACCACUACCUGCUAGCUGGCUGUGAGGAUGGCUGCUUCGCCUGGGACAUCAGGCUGAAUGAGUCCCGGAAGAGAGAUUUUGAGAUGGUGUUCCUGUUCCCCCAAGGCCCAGGGCAAGCAUACAAGAGAGUGGAUGGGCUAGGCUUUGUGAGCGAAGAUGUCGUGGCUUCCAAGGGCUGCACCCCCGGCUCUAUCUGCUUGUGGAGCUGGAGUCAGUCCCUGGCAGGAAGAGAAGACAAGCAGCAAGUGACAGCUGUCAUCCUGGCCCAGCUCCCGUGGUCCAACACACAGCUGCCCUACCUGACCCUCAGCACCUGCCCAGAAAAAGCAUUUGUGUUCUGCGGGGACGAAGAGGGAAGCGUGUGGAUGUACGACGUCAGGCGGUACCUCGAGCAGCAGCGGCCCUUGCAAGCCAAGGUGGCCCCCACAAAGAUUCUCAGGUGGCCAGAUCUCUCAGCCCGAGGCCAAAAGAUGAACAAAACCUUAAUCAACACAGCAGUGGCAGACCCUACCUUUACCUAUCUCGUGGCUCUGACGGACACAAACAUCAUCGCCAUCUGGAACAAACUCUAGCAGCCAGACGCAUGGGCGAAUAACUGGGUUUGUGCUUUUUGUGGUGGGAAUUGUGAGACUCUCCUAAGCGUGCGUUUUAUAAAUGGAUAGUUUUCAACUAAACUCAAAUUAAAAUAA